GUGGACGGUCCAAGAUGGCGGCUCCGCCGGAGGAGGAGAGUCUGGAGGCGCAGCUGAAUAAAGCCACAAACCCCUUAAACCGAGAGCUGGACUGGGACUCGAUUAAAGCAUUCUGUGACCAGCUGAACAAGGAAUUGGAGGGACCCCAGCUUGCUACAAGAUUUCUGGCACAUAAGAUCCAGUCCCCACAAGAAUGGGAAGCUAUUCAAGCCUUAACAGUCUUGGAGACAUGUAUGAAAAAUUGUGGCAAAAGAUUUCAUAAUGAAGUAGGAAAGUUCAGAUUUUUGAAUGAACUAAUCAAAGUGGUGUCGCCCAAGUAUCUUGGAACACGAGCGCCUGAAAAAGUAAAAAAUAAAGUCCUAGAACUGAUGUUCAGUUGGACAGUGGGCUUACCAGAUGAACAAAAGAUCACAGAAGCUUAUUCCAUGCUGAAAAAGCAAGGAAUUAUAAAACAGGAUCCUGUGUUACCUCGUGAAGAGCCUCUUCCUCCACCACCCCCACGUGCAAAGAAUGCUAUGUUUGAAGACGAGGAAAAGUCAAAGCUAUUGGCAAGACUACUGAAGAGCAGGCACUCAGAGGACCUCCGAGCUGCAAAUAAGCUAAUCAAGGAGAUGGUCCAAGAGGACCAGAAAAGAAUGGAGAAGAUUUCCAAAAGAGUGAAUGCAAUCGAAGAGGUGAACAACAAUGUUAAACUACUGAGUGAAAUGCUGGAGAACUACAGCAAAGACGAAACCUUGGAGAGUAAUGAAGAAAUAAUGAAGGAGUUGUACCAGCGAUGUGAGAAGAUGAGACCUACACUAUUCCGAUUAGCAAGUGAUACUGAGGAUAAUGAUGAAGCACUAGCUGAAAUCCUCCAAGCAAAUGACAACUUAACACAAGUCAUUAACAUGUAUAAGAAGAUAGUGAAAGGGGAAGAAAUUAAUGGGAUGACUGAACUGCCAAACAUUAAAGCCAGCAGUUCUGCUCUACUGGAUCUCUGUGGGUUGGACACGGGUUCAAGUGGUCCUUCUUACCCUUCUGCUCCUGCCAAUCAAAGCUGGAACGCUGAUCUGUCACAUGAUCUCAGCAGCUCAGUAUCAUUACUGGAUGAUGAAUUAAUGUCAUUAGGACUGAACGACCUAGUUCCUAAUGCAAUAUCUUCAUCCCAGGUUGAGUCAAGCAAUUGGAAUACAUUUCAGUCCUCUGAAUCUGAUGAGCUGAGUGGUCCUGUAACAUCUGCAGAGGCCAGCACAACAUCUUCUGAGUUGCUGAAGCCAACUGCUGUGACUGCCUGCCACCAAAGCCCCACCCCUGCCAGCGCUGCAAGUAAAGCUUUAGAUGAUCUGGAUAUGUUGGGGAAAACCCUCCUUCAGCAGUCCUUGCCUCCAGAAUCUCAGCAGGUUAAAUGGUCUGCUCCACCACAAAAACAAACUCUUCGAGAUCUCCAGAACAAAGCUAGCACUAACUCAGCAACUGGCUUGGGCGUAGCACCACUUUUACCUGCUUCAACCAAGAGCGUCUCACCGAUCUUAGCAAAACCCAUCCCUCCCACAGGCCAUAUCCCUCAACCUGAUCAACCAAUGGCAUUUGGGUAUGGUUCUUCAAUUUCUCCAGCAUCUGCUGAUGAGUCAAACAUUGGACAGCCCGGGGUUCAGCCCAGUGCCCUAGGAGGACUCAAACCAUCAUCGCUGUCUCAGCAGGAAAUCUCACUAACUCAUGUUCUGGUACCUCUAGAAUCAAUUAAACCAAGUAGUAUCCUGCCCGUCACAGUAUACGACAAGAAUAGCUUUCGUGUUUUAUUUCAUUUUGCAAAGGAUUCUCCAUCCGGCCAGCCUGAUGUUUUAGUGGUCGUUACUUCUAUGAUAAGUACAGCACCACAACCUGUCAAAAAUAUAAAAUUCCAAGCUGCUGUUCCUAAGGUCAUGAAAGUCAAGUUACAGCCUCCCUCUGGCACAGAACUGCCAGCAUUUAACCCUAUAGUCCCACCCUCAGCAAUUACACAGGUCCUACUGCUAGCAAACCCACAGAAGGAGAAAGUCCGAUUACGAUACAAGCUCACGUUUACAUUGGGCGACCAAACCUUCAAUGAAAUGGGAGACGUGGAUCAGUUCCCACCUCCAGAGUCCUGGGGGAACCUCUAACAUGGACACAAAGCAACACUACACAGUACUGCUGCUCUGUCGUUUGGAGACCACCAACAUUUUACUAUUAGGGUGAAUGAAAGGGGCGACAAUAGUUUAAAAAUAAUUUCUGAAGCAGUCAAUUUCUGAUUUCUAAGGCAGAUCUUACGAAACAACAAAAUGGUCUGGAGUGAGACCUCAGUUCUGCUACUGAGCAGAACUUUAUGAUUCCCUGUUGUUAACUAGAUAUGUCAAUAUAGUCCCCUCCCUGUGUGCAAUGGUGAUGUCACGAGGAUUCUAUAUAACUUUAUUCAGUAUGUGAUAAAAUUGUUAAAGUUUUAUUCUAAUGUUUCAAUGUCUACUUUUUCCUGAGCCAUUUGCCAGCUGCUGUCCACUCUCUUCUGAAGUUUAUUCUGUCUGCAAGCUAAAUACCCAAGUCCCAAGUCGAGGCUAGAACACAGCUGAAGGGUUCAAAUCAGGCAUCAGAGCUUUUCACUGGUGUGUAAUCUGUUGGCUGGUCCUGGAAAAUGUAUCCCUGAGCAGCAACACAGCAUGUUGAGGAAACCCAGCAGAUCAGGCAGCAUCUAUGGAGAGAAAUAAACAGGGCUGAGACCCUUCACCUUCUGUAUAGAUGCUGCCUGACUUGCUGAGUUUCCUCAGCAUUUUGUGUGCACUGCUGUGGAUUUCCAGUAUCUGCAGAUUCUCUUGUUUAUGAUUUAGUGCAUCCCUGAUAUUGAGUAAAUUCAGGGUCAGGACUUGUGCUCCACUAUCAAAGUUUGUUGAUCAAGCUUGGGCAUUGGGGUAAAUCUAGAUGGCAGAGGAGAGGUUAGAUAAAACCCAGCAAGCCCUUUUUGUGAAGUUAGACCUUGAUCAAAAUGGUGAGAUAAUGGUUUUUCAUCUCGCACAGAUACAGAAUCAAGAUUUUCUUUCUUGAGGUAAUUUGUUUGUUUUUGUUUUAAGAAUCUUAUAUGUUUGAUAUGCAUAGUGUGGAUAUAUGAAUUACUGGUAUGUACCCAUUCCCAAGAAAUGUUUGGAUUGCAAUAUCUCUAACCCGAUCUUACAAUUCCAGUUUCCUUACUGAGAGUGUAACAGUGCAGGUUCAGCCACACAAUAUGUAGAUAUUUAAUUACAACUCUGAUUUAGUUACCUGAAGGAGUUUAAUAUGUUCACACCCACACUGUAGAUAUUUGUCAUUUACACUGAGGGUGUUCUGUGAAUGUCAGCUCAAGCUCUUCUGCUUAUGUAGGUACAAAUGGUCCAGCCUCUGAAGAUUCAGUAGCAUGCAAACUGUGGUCACAUUAACGUUGCCGAUUCUGGUCCAGAAGGUACAUGGAACCAUUUCACUGCAUUUGAGAUGGCAAGCAUUUGGUGUUGUCUGCUUGUCAGUUCCAGCUUCUUUCUCUCUUGCAGAACUUUUGACUUAUUCUGUGUACAUUUCUGAAGCGUGCCUUUUUCCCCUUCUGCUCUAUCUUUCCAAUGUAAAAGUGGCUCAGCUAAAUAAUGUAACCUUGGUCCUGAUUUACCACCCUGAGAUGCAAACACUAAGUGCUUUCACUUUACUGGAGUGGAUUCAUGGAACAUGGUAAAACAGAAUUAUAGGGGUUAGAGACUGAAAAUGCUGCUUUCAUCUAUAAGCAGGUUAUCCUCAGUUGCUGUAUAUAUCCCUGUCUUUGUACUGUAUACUGGAUUCAGGCAUAUGCCAUGAAUCUGAAGUAACUGCUACUUUCUCAUUUAAGGGUACUUAAAUUUGGAACCAGUUUUCUUAUCAACCCUACCUUUUAUAUAAGUUCCUGUAGAACAGGAGUUGUCAGUGAAAAAUGAAAUGCUGAUUCUGUACCUCUGAUGUGCAAAAUUGUGAUAAAUGAGGAAAGGUUGAACCUUUAAAACCUGAUUAGUGACAUGCCUUACUUUUUUAAUGUUCCUUAAAUUUUACUUGGUGCCUGUAUUUAUAGUCAUAGUCAUAUUCAUAGUCAUACUUUAUUGAUCUCUUAUUACAAGAGAAAACCUGCAAAUGCUGGAAAUCCUAGUAACAUUCACAAAAUGCUGGAGGAACUCUGUAGGCCAGGCAGCAUCUAUGGAAAAAAAAGUAAACAGCUGACGUUUCGGGCUGAGACCUUUCAUCAGGACUGGAGAAAAAAGAUGAGAAGUUACAGCAAGAAGAAUGGGGGAGAAGAGGAAGAAGCACAAGGUAGUCAGUGAUGGGUGAAACCAGGAGAUGGGGAGGGCUGAAGCUAGGAAGUCGAUUGGUGAAAGAAUAAAGGGCUGGAGAAGGGGGAAUCUGAUAGGAGAGGACAGAAGCCAUGGAAGAAAGGGAAGAGGGAGGAAAACCAGAGGGUGGUGAUGGGUAGGUAAGGAGAUAAGAUGAGAGAGGGAUCUCCCUCAGGUGUUUGGCCCCAUGCCCUUUCUUCCAUGGCCUUCUGUCCUCUCCUGACAGAUUCCCCUUUAUCUCUUCCAUCAAUUGACUUCUCAUCUCUCUACAUCACCCUUCGCCCUCUCCCAGUUUCACCUAUUAGCUACUACCUUUACUUCUUCCUGCCCUCCCCCCCUCCCCCCACCUUCUUACUCUGACUUCUCAUCAUUUUUUUUUCCAGUCCUGAUGAAGGGUCUCGGCCUAAAACGUUGACUGGUUACUCUUUUCCAUAGAUGCUGCCUGGCCUGCUGAGUUCCUUCAGUAUUUUGUGUAUGUUGCCUGUAUUUACUGUUUGAUUACUGGAUGGCCAAGAAAAGUUUCUUUGCGUCACACGCAGAAUGCUGAAGGAACUUAGCAGAUCAGGCAGCAUCUAUGGAGAGGAAUGAAGAGUUGACAUUUCAGGCUGAGACCCUUCAUAAGAAAGGUCCAAAAUGUCAACUUUUCGUUCUUCUCCAUAGAUACUGUCUGACCUGCUGAGUUCCUCCAGCAUCUUGUGCAUAUUAUUCUGGUUUUCCAGCAUCAGCAGAAUCUCUUGUGUUUAUCAUUUUCUUUGUCAUUAAGCAAAAUAUUGUUAUGCACAAAGUCUAAGCUUUCACCUCUUCAUGCUUUUAAUUAUAAUCAAUCACUUUUGUUUUUGCUGGAGACUGGAAUAAUGAUCACUGUUAAAUUGUAGUGUGUCCAGUUAUCAUGCAGCUUUUUCCAGACAUGAAAAAUUUGACUUCUGGUUCUUAAUUCCAGUUUGCUUAAUUUCAGUUAUCUGACAACUCUUUUUUAAUAAGCAAUCUCUCCUCUGUACAUUUUAUGUUAUUUUUAAUCAUUCACUGUCAGCUAAAUAGAUUAUCCAGGUUGCCUCAUGAAAAUUUGUGGGAUCUUGUUAACUGCCACAUUUCUUCACAUUACAACACUGAAAAUAUGUUGCAAGUGCCUCAUUUUGGGAAUUGCCUGUGUUUCACGUUUGAGUUACUUUAACCCUUUUUAGUGUAGGGAAAGAAUUACACCACAGUUUUGAGUAGACAAUAAUGAAAUAAGGCUACAGAAAGCCUUCCUUUGCAUCACCAGGAAUUUUUGUCAUAAAAGUGAUCUGUUUCACCCCUUCCAAUAUCCAUUGAUGAAAUUAGCUCAGCCUUCAAAAGGCAGAAAACUGUUUCAUUGGACUUGUUUCUUGAGCAUUUAACCUGUUGAGAAGAAUUUCCAGAGAACCAGCAAAAUCAUACAAUGGUUCUUUGCAUUGUGAAGUCAGGUGUGAACUACACAGUCCCGCCAUCCUGUGUACAAAGCUCAGAUUAUCUAUUGGUGGGCCAGUGGUGCAAAAGAAAACAUAGUUGGAGCUGCACAGAGGUUUGGUCACGACCUGCAGAAGUAAAAACGACAACAUUUCACCUGUAGAAUUGAAAAUAAAUGUUAAUAUCAGUAGAUCGUGUGGUGGGGACAGUGUACAGCUUUAUCAGGAAUGGAUCAUGACACUCAUACUGACAAACUGUACUGUAAAUACCCAAAAAUAGGAAAGGCAUAACAGUGAGGAUAUGGGUGAGGCUUUUUGUGCAGAAUGUAUGAGAAACAAAUGUCUUUUUGAGUUUAAACUCAGCCAUUAGCUGGGGUCCUGUUUAAUUUCCAAAAUAAUUUGAUAGCUUAAUUUAGAACGCUAGAGUUCAUUACAUAUUUGAGAGUCACGUAGGUACUGUUGGUUGUUACUACAACUACAAACUUUGAGCAACAGUAUGCCAGUGUCCAUGGUAAUAUUUAACCAAGAUUAAUUUAUCAUUUUUAAAAUACAAUUAUUGACAGAGGAAUUUGCACAAUUAUUUUGAUCAGAAAUUGAAGAUCACAGCACAUCUUUGAGGCUUGUUCUUACAAUAUCAAGGGAAACAAAAUAAAGUCUGGAGUAGAUUAAAACAGUAAAUGCUGAAAAAGCAAUUUCAUAUGAGCAUAUUUUUUAAACUUAUUUCAAUAGUUCAAUAGCACAUGAAGAGCAAGAGCUAUUUUUAUGUUUCUGAACUCUUCCCUUCUGUAAUUGUACCAUUCUCGGUCAUCAAAUUGAGCCAAGUAUGUUGUGAGGCAGAUUCGGAAAAACAAUACACUACACUGCACUAGAUUGUCAGAUGUUUGAGUGUGUGAUGGUCCAUGCAGGCAGCAUCAGGAAAGUUAUCAUGUGCUAGUCUUUAGUGAGCAGACAGUAAGUUAACCAGUAGACCAGCCCAAAAUGGCAAGGUGCUACCAGCAGCUUGGCUUACAUUUCCCGAGUGGAGCCCUUGUUCUGCUAACGUCAUAUGUACAUGGAUUGUAUCAUGAAUAAGUGCCCAUGUUUUACAAGGUGGAAAACUGGAGUGUGUGUCUGUGCAUUGUAUGAAAAGCAGUCACUGUUAAGUGAAACAUGAGACUCCCAGAAGCUACAUGCACCUGCAUAAGUAAAUGUGUAACAAACACAAAAUGCUGGAGGAAUUCACCAGUCCUGAUGAAGGGUUUCGGCCCAAAAGGCGGUCUGUUUAUUUCAUAAAUGCUGAGUUCCUCCAGCAUUUUGUGUGUGUUACUUUUCAUUUCCAGCAUUUGCACGAUCUCUUAAUCUUAAAUAAUUGUGUUCCCAUGGGGCAUUCCUAAAAUGGAAACAUGCUCUGGCCCAGUGUUUCAAGCCCCAUUUACACUGUAGCACAAUAAGUUUCAAAGCAUUAGAGACCUGAUGACUAUUUACGACGUUAGCCAAGUGACUGUGUACAGGGCUGAGAUAUAUUAAUCAAAUCCAACAGCUGCCUUUAAGCUUGCUUUCUGCAUGGCCCAGCAAGCAAUCUAAGGACUCUUACGUGUACGCACAAGAGCCAUGUGCUAAGCAAUUAAAGCCUAGUAUAAUUUUUAUUUUCUUGGCAACCUGCCUGCCUGAAGCUAGUCAUUCGCUACCAUUGGUCUGUGGAGAAUUCAUGAGAAAUCCAUUCUACAUUGUGUCUGGACUAGUCUGCAAUGAAAUUGGAGGAAACAUCAAUUUCAUAUGUGUGAAUUUCUUUGUAUAUGUUACCCAAAGGGUGGGAAUUCCCUCCAUACUGCAAUGUAAAUUUAAUUACCACACUGACUCUCUGAAGACACUAAAUUGGACUGUGCCUGAGUCACAAUGAACAGAGUAGGACUAUGGCAAGUUGUUCCACCAUUAUUGUCCAUAGGUCUUGAUACCAUUUAAACCCCAGGGAAGAGUGUAGAAACGUGGAAGUGAUCCAUCCACUGAAUCCAGGAGAGGCCAUCAGUUCAAUGUGAGCCAGAAGUAGAAGGAAUUCAGGCCUACUUCUCCAGUUAUAGCUACCAUCAGCCAACUUGAGUGCUGAGCAGCUGAAAAAAAUGUGAUAUGAAUCCUUCUAGCUCCUGACUUGCACAAGCAGGGACUCCAUGUAGGGACACGCCUUAGGUUAUGUCCCAACGUGUAUAUGCCCUGUUGAACCAGUCUUCAGGCCAUAUAUUGUUUGUUACCAACUAUUAGUGUGGGCAUGUGGCCAAGUGGUUAAGGCAUUGGACUAGCGACCUGAAGGUCAUGAGUUCGAGCCCCAGCCGAGGGAACAUGUUGUGUCCUUGAGCAAGGCACUUAAUCACACAUUGCUCUGUGACAGCACUGGUGCCAAGCUGUAUGGGUCCUACUGCCCUUCCCUUGGACAACAUUGGUGUCGUGGAGAGGGGAGACUUCCAGCGUGGGCAACUGCUGGUCUUCCAUACAACCUUGCCCAGGCCUGCGCCCUGGAGAGUGAAGACUUCCCAGGUGCAGAUCCAUGGUCUCGCAAGAUUAACGGAUGCCUUUACUGCCAGCUAUUAGUUCUCGUGAAGUCUCUGCAGCAAUGUUCUCACUAAGAGGUGCCAUCUGGGCUAUAGUAACCUUUUUACCCCUGUCACUGAAUUCACCAAUGUCUAGUUAAUUCAAGGAUCCCUCUGACCACAGCCUUUCUUUGUUCAAAAUCCAAUAUGCACUAAAUGGGUUAUACAUUAUUUAUCAGGUGAUGUGUACUCAAAUAAUAUGCAAGGAAUUGCAACCAAAUGAACACCAGAUGAAAAAGAAAGGUUCCUGUUCAGUGGCUUUUAACAAAACACCAGCAAAAUAACUUUCCAUCUUGAGGAGUAUGGAGUGCUAUGGUCCAGGAGCAGGUCGAUGGGACUAGGUAGAAUUACAGUUUGGUACACUGGAUGGGCUGAACAGGACCUGUUCUGUGCUGUAGUGCUCUAUCUGAACCAUUGUGAAGAUAAUGUAACCAGUUCCUAAGGCAUACUAUGUUGUGCGUUGCACAUUGGUGUUAACCUGAGAUCCUACAAACACCAUUCUUCACUGUUUUUCCUCUUUUUUUUGGACCUUUGGACCUCUGAUAGGAAUAGAUUCUUGACCCACAGAUGCUCAUAGAAUCCUUUAAGGUUAAUGCCUUGGAAUGCACUGAAGAUACAAAUUUAAUUGUAAUAAUGAUCAUCAACCAGGAGAGAAUUAUCUGUCUGGUACGUAACCAAGCGAUGCCUUUCUUUCCAGUAGAGAGACAUAUCCAAUACUUUCAAAGUGCAGGACUUACCCAGGUUGUGUAGGGUCUGCCUCAGAAAGUGAAAAUGCUUUUAGUUUGACUGCAGAUAUGCUGAUUCCUUUUUAAUGUUGCACAUCCACUUGUUCCACUAAUCCCUUGCUUGGGGUCUGUAGAACUAACUUGUGUAUAUAUUUAUAUGGUCUUUCAGAAUUAUGUACAUUAGAGCAAAGAUGUAUUUAUGGGAAAUUAUGUUUUCUUUUCAGGAUUGAGUCGCAGUGAUGUGCUCUGGGCCUGCUGUUCUUUAUGUAUAUUUUUCAAUAAAUUGCUCAAAGUCAGUCUUAUUUAUAUUUUUUUA